AUGAUACUUGAAAUCAUUAUUUUCUUCCUCUUUGUAUUUCUGUUUACAAAAAUCCACAUUAAAAACCUUCUUGUGAACGAGUCACCGUCUUCUUCUUCUCGUGGCCACUGUGCUCAUUGGUUCGUUCGUCGAAGAACGUGCCUCGACUGUAAAACAAACGUGAGCCGUCUCAAAGUCGUCCAAUCAUUCAACUAUACAUUCUCCGGUUUACGUCUGAGCAACGAAGCUGUAUCUUUCACAAAGCGCGUCACAACCCUAACCUCAAUUCACGUACGCAAGAAGCUUCACUUGGUCCUUGACUUGGACCACACGCUAAUCCACUCCGUUCUGGUUUCCAAUCUUUCAGCAGCAGAGAAGUAUCUAGUCCAAGAAGAGAGACCAUGUUUAACGCGAAAACCAUCGAGAUUCGGAAACAUGUUAAUCAAGACUCGACCUUUCGUCAACGAGUUCCUUAGAGAAGCCAACAAGCUUUUCGACAUGUACGUUUACACGAAAGGCGAUUGGAUAUACGCUCAAGAUGUUGUCAAAGUGCUCGAUCCAAACAAAACCUAUUUCGGUGAUCGAGUGAUAACAAGAAGAGAGAGUCCUCACAAGAAGACACUUGAUCUUGUUUUAGCUGAUGAGCGUGGGAUCGUGAUUGUGGAUGAUACUCUUGACGUUUGGCCUCAUCACAAGAGAAACUUGUUGCAGGUCACGAGGUACUUUUACUUCAAGAACAACGGCAUAAAAAGAGAGUCCAAACCAUCGUACGCUGAGAGGAAGCAAGACGAGAGUAGAAGCAGAGGAUCUUUAAAGAAUCUUCUCAAGUUCCUCAAGGAACUCCACAGUGGUUUCUUUAGCUGUGGAGCUGUACAAGAGUUGGAUUCAAAGGACGUUAGGGCUUUGAUCAAUGGUCCCUUCAAACCAAAUGGAUGUUGA